AGAAAUUAAAUUUCCGGUUUUCUAUGUCUGAAGUUUAAACCGGAGACGUUUUCCGGUAUGCCAUGUUAAUCUCAAAUAAUCUGAAGCAUCUUGGUCUGUGUGGCAAAGCAAAAAGGUCGAAAACGAAGUCCAUUUCCCCAUUCUCCCAGCUUCUCUAUUGAAGAAAGGUCACGGCAAAAUAGUAAACCUUAUGGCAUAUGCAACAGGAGUGACCCUUGCUUCAAGGACUAUCUUCCCUUUUUGUUCCAGAACCUUCUUACCUCCCUUACGUGUUGCUUCUAUACUUGAAUCAUCCCCCUCCAUUUUCUUCAACAGGGUCCAAGCUCAUCAGCUUUUCUCCACUUCUAGAGCUCCUCUGUUCUCCUCUGUUAAGUUUUCUACUUCCUCUCUUGAGACAGCUGCUUCUCGCUCAAAUGUAGUUGAUAUACUCGAAGAAAGAGGACUCCUGGAGUCAAUCACAAGCGAGAAUCUCAGGUCUGCUUGCUCUGAUCCCAACGUAGCUCCUCUAAAAGUCUACUGCGGGUUUGAUCCAACGGCUGAGAGUUUACACUUGGGUAACCUCCUUGGUAUCAUUGUCCUCUCUUGGUUCCAAAGAUGUGGACACCAAGCCGUUGGUUUGAUCGGUGGUGCCACUGGACGCGUUGGUGACCCAUCUGGCAAAAGCCUAGAGAGACCUGAGCUUGACUCCCUUACAUUGGAGAAAAACAUCGCCGGGAUUAAAAACAUCCUCGUCAAGAUUCUUGGUGGCAAUCAUGUGAUCUUUAAUAACUAUGAUUGGUGGAAAGACAUGACGAUGCUAGACUUUCUGAAAAACGUUGGUCGGUUCGCUAGAGUUGGACCAAUGAUGGCAAAGGAGAAUGUGAAGAAGAGGUUGGAAUCAGAGCAAGGUAUGAGCUACACCGAGUUCAGCUAUCAGUUACUGCAAGGAUAUGACUUUGUUCACUUGUUGGACAAGGAAGGGGUCAAUGUUCAGAUAGGUGGGAGUGAUCAGUGGGGCAACAUCACAGCUGGAACUGAUUUGAUCCGUAAGAUUCUCCAACCCGAAGAAGCUGCUUACGGGCUAACGUUCCCUCUCCUACUGAAAAACGAUGGGACAAAAUUUGGAAAAUCAGAAGAUGGAGCUAUUUGGCUAUCUCCUUCCAUGUUGUCGCCUUAUAAGUUCUAUCAGUACUUCUUCUCAGUUCCAGACGUUGAUGUGAUACGCUUCUUGAAGACGUUAACUUUCUUGAGUUUGGAUGAGAUCAAGAUGUUGGAAGAUGAGAUGAGGAAGCCUGGGUAUGUCCCCAACACCGCGCAGAUGAAGCUUGCGGAAGAGGUAACGAGAUUUGUACAUGGUGAAGAGGGUUUGAAGGAAGCAAUGAAAGCAACGGAGGCUUUAAGACCAGGAGCUGAGACAAAGCUUGAUUGGAACUUGAUUGAGAGAAUUGCAGAGGAUAUACCGACUUGCUCACUGCCUAUAGAUCGAGUUUCAGGUGUUUCUAUUGUGGAUGUGUCUGUUUCUUCAGGGUUGUUUGAGAGUAAGUCUGCAGCAAGGAGGAUGUUGAAGCAAGGUGGAGUUUAUAUGAACAAUGAGAGAGUUGAUGAUGAGAAUAAGAGAGUUGAAGAAGGAGACAUUGUUGAAGGGAAAGGUCUUGUUCUCUCUUCAGGCAAGAAGAACAAAGUAGUCAUCAGAAUUUCCUAAGAUUUUUUACAAAAAUGAUGUAUUAUUGGUUUACGUUUUCACCAUACAAAACCGGAAGAUAAUAAAACAUUUGGAUUGAAACCUUA